UUCUCCACCCACCACGAUCACCACCUGUUCUCCUGCCCCCUCUUCACCCAUCCCAGCCCCCAUAUUUUCUCCUGCUCCUUCUCCACCCACCACGAUCACCACCAUUUCUCCUGCCCCCUCUUCACCCAUCCCAGCCCCCAUAUUUUCUCCUGCUCCUUCUCCAUCCCAGAGUCCUUCAUUCACUCCAUCAAGCCCAGACCAGGAGGAUAUUGAAGAAGCUUUUGACAUUGCUGCUGCACUGCAGACUCUGAAGGCAAGGGUUCACCAUCUUGCUCCUACUGCCAAUCAAAUAAACGUUCUUCGUGAUGAAGAGUUUGAAUGUGCUCUAAGAGCUUUCAACAGGCCAACCUUUGACCCUGAGUCAAAACUAGACAUCGUCUUCAUUGAUGAGGAUGGUCGAGGAGAAGGGGCCGUAGAUGAUGGUGGGCCUACCAGAGAGUUUUGCAGACUGCUUAUGGGAAAACUACAAGGGCACCAAAUAUUUGAAGGGCCUCCAGAAGAACGCACCCUUGCACUUGACAGCAUUGCACUUCACACCAACACCUACAAAAGCGUGGGACAGAUGUUGUCUGUUUGCCUGAUCCACGGGGGAGUGUCACCUAACUUCUUUUCAAAAAGGCUUUUCAGCCAAGUCUUUGGUUUACCAUCUGGCCCAGCAACCAUUGAGGACGUGGUAGACCAUGGUCUCAGAGCUAAACUGGAGAAGAUAAACAGUGCAGAUACGCUUGAUGAUGCCAGGGAGGCUGUUAGUGAAACUGCUGAAGAGUUGGCGCUGAUGGGAGCUCUACGGCACCUCAGAUCCUUGGAGCAAAGGAAGGAGCUGAUGGAAGCUGUUCUUCAGUUUUACUGUGAAGGCCGAAUCAAUGCAGCCCUCACACAAUUUAAAGAUGGACUGACUACACUUGGGGUCCUUCAGAUGGUAACCUCACACCCUCAAGCUUUUGAAAAAGUCUUUCCUUACGACCCAACGCCACUGAAGGCCAGCGAUAUUGUGGAACUUUUCCAUGCCAGGUGUCGAUCUUUGCCAGCAUGA